AGUAAUGACAUCACAUCAACAGCUGAGGAGAGGAGGAAGUCAGCGCUUGGAUUGACCCAGUGCUUUGAGGCCGGCGAGGCCAGUCAGACGAAACGGUGUGUGUGAGGGUGUGUGUAACUCCGCCCCGAACUGUGCGCUAGAAAUGUCUCGGCAGGUAGUCAAAAGGCCAUAGCUGUGGUUCCUCACUUGUUCGUGAUGUGUUUCUGUUUAGUGGGAGUUUGUGUUGACGCUGGUAUGGGACGUUCAGACCAAACGAUCGGAGUUUUAUUUCCAUGACAGAACUACACUACACGGUGAAUGCUUUACGUUUACAGUGAUUCACAAGCCUCACAGUAGCAUCUCUUCGACACUCGGCUAAAUCCCAUGAGCUGCUCUGUUUGAUUUGGAUUUUUACUUCAGUGUGUGUAUCAACCUGGAGCAUAAUAUUGGAUGUGUCCACAAAUUCUGGAUGUUUGGUCUUAUUACUUUUUCUUUACUUCAGACUCAUUCGAGACUUGUUAGUAAUUACAAUGUGACUUUUACAAUCGUUUAUUGACUGUGAGUUAUCCGCUCUGUCUUGAAGAGUACCUACAGAAGACGGGAUCAUGAAGAAGUCUAGGAAUUGAAAUAGCCAGAUAUCUACAUAGCUCAAACUGUUAGUUCUAGAAUCUAGCCUAGAUCUAGUGUAGAUCUAACUAACUGUGUACUUUAUUGACCAACCUAGAUGCUGAGGCUAAUUUUGUUAAAUAUGAGUCCUGUAUCCCAGAAAUUGAUUGUUUUGAAUGUUUGUCGAUGAAGAAAAUCUAUAUUCUAAUAAUAAGAGAAGAAAAGAACUUACAAAAGGAUAGAUAAUCCUUGGCUUGAAAUUGCUUCUAGCUUUAUUAUACUUUAUAGAAUCUAUUCUAGCUCAGAUGCAUCUUACUGGGAAUACAGGAGAACAAUUAAGUGAGAAUAAUAUUAUAGCCAUGUCUGGAGGAGGAUUAGAUGUUCGCCUGAGAAGGCAGGUCCCAGUGUCGUCCAGGCCACCUCGCUUGCGUCUGGGCACUCGGGCAUUGUCCACUCAACAGCAUGCCAAGUCACAAUCAAAUGCGAAAUUUUUGAAGGAAAAUGGUCCUGCAGAUAUUUCUCAAGGCUCUGCAUUCAGUGUCGUUGGUUCGGGUCCUGUUGAAAAGUCAGCAGUGAACGAUAAUGAUAUGGGUUCCUCUGUGUAUAAUCAGUUUUCAGCUCGAAGGGCUGUGGACAGUGGUAACAACAACAGACCCCUUAUCCAUCACCAACGACAUAACCUGAAGAAUAGAUUUCAGCUCUUGAGGACUCUUGGAGAAGGUACAUACGGGAAAGUAAAACUUGCCUCUGACAAGACGACAGGAGAACAGGU